AUGGGGUUCGAUGUAAACCGUUUCCAGGGCGACGUCGAUGAGGAACUUGUUUGCCCUAUAUGCUCCGGAGUACUCGAAGAUGCUGUCCAGGCACCAGUUUGUGAACAUGCUUUCUGUCGUUCAUGCAUCAAUGAAUGGAUAAAUCGUCAACAUACAUGUCCAUUGGACCGUACACCAAUUGUAGUUACUCAGCUAAGAGGAGUUCCCCGAAUCCUUAGAAACUUAUUGUCUCGCUUGUCCAUUAAAUGUGACAAUGUUGUAUAUGGCUGCUCAGUGGUUGUCAAGUUAGAUAGUUUGGCCUCUCAUCUUGAACAAUGUGAAUACAAUCCAAAGAGACCAAUGCUCUGUGAACAAGGCUGCAGCUUGAUCAUUCCAAAAAAUGAGUUGAAGGAUCACAACUGCGUACGUGAACUCAGGAACUUGAUACAGUCGCAACAGCAAAAAAUGGCAGAUAUGAAGCGAGAAAUCAGCGAGCAUCAGUUACAAAUCAAUGAGCACAAACGUGAAAUUCAUUUGCUUAAAGAUUUUAUGCGGGCACUUAGAGUUUCUAAUCCAACAAUGCGUGCAAUAGCUGAUCAAAUGGAACGGGACGACGUUGUGAGAUGGUCAGCUACUCUUCCACGUGCAAGGGUUACUAGAUGGGGUGGUAUGAUCUCGACACCAGAUGAGUUGCUUCAGACUAUGAUAAAGAGAACAUUGUCAGAAUACAAUUGUCCACCGCAUGUGAUUGAUGAGCUGAUGGAGAACUGUCAUGAGAGAAGGUGGCCACCAGGCCUUAGUUCACUCGAAACACGACAGAACUCUCGGCGGCAAUAUGACAAUUACGUGUGCAAAAGAGUGCCCGGCAAACAAGCAGUAUUGGUCCUUCAUUGUGAUAACACACACAUGCCAGAAGAUAUGAUGGUCGAGCCGGGAUUAGUGAUGAUCUUUGCGCAUGGAAUCGAGUAAAGUGACCAAGUAUUAUACACAAAAAGGAGGUAGUGAAUACUACUAUUCGCUCUUCGUCACUUGUAGCUUGAUAUAUGUUACUCUGGGUCGAUCUGCUCGAUUGUUUCGAGAAGUAUUCGAUCUUUAUCAAGUUUCCAUCGAAGAUUCAUCAUCGGAAAGUUCUUCGCGUGUUUAUGGCUGGAACUCGAAAUAGCACGGUCCUCAGAUAAAUCGCCGUCGAACUCAAUUUUACAAACGAUGAUGCACACCGUCGUGUUUUGUGAUACAAAUGCAAUUGUACAGGCGCGAUUGCCGCGUACGGGUCGAUCGAGACGACUGUAAGACGGUUUAGUAACUUCGACAAGUCAACGCGAUAUUCCCUGAAGCAAUCUGUACGAUAUCUAAUCCGUCGUCCAUCGGUUCCCUUAAUCGACCUGCUUCCCAUCUCCCAAUCUCUAUCCCAAAAAAAAAAAUCCAACCCAUA